GGAGGCAUAAACCCCCUUCCACUGCAAAUAACUCUUGGGAUUGUUCCUCUUGGAGUAAUACAAUUCCCCUCUCACUCUCUCAGCACAACAACUUCACUAUGGGCAAGCUUCUAGUCCUCUCUGCUGUGAUUCUUGCUUGCAUCAGUGUCGGAGCUGCUGUGCAAUGCUUACAUUGUGCGUUCACUGUUUUUAACAUCCCAUGCCACACCACAACUGUCACCUGCCAAACUGGGGAGGUAUGUGCCACCAUCAAAGGAGCCGCAGCUGGAAAGAGCUUGAUCAAGAAGAGAAACUGUGUGGCUCAGGACAAAUGUAACAAGAACUCCACCGAAAGCUUCGCUGGGAUUAACUACGUCACCACCUAUGAGUGCUGCGACGGCGACUUCUGCAACUCAGCUGCCAGCUUGCCCUCUGCCCACCUCUCCCUGCCCAUGGCUCUGGCAAUGCUGGGCGCCUGGCUUGUCCGCCUCCUCUAAUCCCUCUCUUUGGAAAACAAACACAAAAUUAAGCCUACCAAACACUGUAUCAAAUACAUUUCCCUCUUCCAUUCUUUUUAACUUAAAGGGCCCCUUGUUAACAAAUUAUGGCUUAUAUUGUUUCUACAUCUUUUAAAUCAAAUGAACCAACCUUGUGUGGGAAAUGAUACUAUUGGAGGAGGAGGUAGUAAUGUAUUUGAAGGGAAAAAAAUCAUCUCAUUUUAAACAAUUCUCGGUUCUAUCUUUUUCUUUUGGGAGGGAUACACAACCCUUCAACUGCAAAUUUCAAUGUGCAUCUCUGCCUGAUUAUAUAGUGUAAUGACAUUCUUCUUGAAGUGACUAUGUUACUUUAAGAUAAGAGAGUUCAACCCAAAUUGCAUUCAUUGGUUUUGGAUAAGCUGGAUUGGCCCAGUCAGUGGCCUCUCCAAAAGGUGUUAGAAGUCACCGGUUGGUUAAGCAGUGGCUGGUAUCCACUUUCUGGCCAGUUUCAACUGGAGUUGAUGUCAGCAGCCAGCAAGACUGAAGCAUAUGACAUUUUGGGAGUCUGCUGGGUGGCAAAAUGCCCCUUUUGCACAAGAUUUGGAGAUCAACUCUAACUUCAGGGGGCUUCACUGGGUGCCCUUUGAGGCCUUUCCAACUCUAUGAUUCCAUGAUUCACACAACUCUAUCUAGCUGACAUACCAUUGAUGAUAUUCUGUGUGGAUGCCAUGAAAAUGAAAUGUUGGAUUCUUUAUAUUUCCUUUUAUUCUCCACACAUUCUCCCACAUUCACUGGAGUUAGGGGCUCAGGACCCCUGUGGAAGUGGGGGAAACGUGAAUUAAAAACUGUUAUUUUUUUUUUUAAACCUAAGAGGACACCUAUUAUAUCUAGUAAUCUAUAGUCUCCAACAUGACUCCAUUGUCUGCAUCCAAUAGAAGCUGGCCAUGGAGUCGUAAUUGAGGACCUAGAGAUUCCUAGGGAGAACAUUUUAAUCAAAUCCAUGACUAAUCAAAUCCAUAAAUACCUGCAUUCCAUGGCAGUCUCUUUAGUUUAGGGUUCUUCAGGUGCAACAGGACAUCUCUCCCUUUCAUGGUUGUGUAAAAGAAGACAAUUUGUUGAGUGACAAUCAGCAACCACAGAAAUUCUGUCUUCUGCACACUCAUAAAAUGUCCCUUAUUUCAAUUGGUAACCUUACUUUUGUCAACAGGGGUAAUUUGGAGAAAAGCCUCCAGAGAGUUUGGCUUACAACUCCCAUCAGCCACUAAUGCCAUGACUAAUGAAGAAAUUAAGAGAUAAUAUAAGACAACACAUUUGGAAGGCCAAAUGUCCUUCAGACUCCAUUUGUUUGUAUUUUGUGGCAUUUUCAACCCCUUAAGACUUUCUUUGUCUUUCUGCUCCUCAUUACCCUGUUCUUUCGUUCAUAGGCUCUUUAGAAGCUCCUUCAUGGAAAGAGUAUUUGCACACCCUUCCCAGGUGUCUGCCUCUGACUCACUCGAAAUAUGUUAACUGCUCUCUCCUUUUAGCAUAGCUUUGGGCUUUGUAAAUGUUUGUACUCUGCCUGCUCCUGAUGACACUGAUAGCAGCAUGUCAAUGAGGGAGGCAGGCCAAACGCUGGAGGAUUUCAGAGUGUGGUUACCCAACACAUUUUCAGCAUUGGAAGCAUGCCAGUGUCCACAAAUAGAAAAUCAAGCAUAUCAGCUGAACAGAGAACUGUAAACAGUUUUAAGCGAGUUUUCCACACUGUUGAGAUUUGGAUGAACAUACGCCAGUAGCUUCACAUUACAUAUUGAGACAAAUACAGAAAAAGAGAAUGAAACACUCAGCCUCCUACAUUUGCUGGCGUUAAGAGUGCAGGACCCUUGCCAAUGGGGAGAAGUGUCAAAUUUAAAAAACACAAUUUAAAAAACUCUAAGAACACUUCUUUAGGCAUCUCCAGCAGGAUUCCAUGGUCAACUUCCAAUGUUGAUUUGGAGGACCUAGAACAGUAGUUCUCAACCUAUGGGUCCCUAGAUGUUUUGGCUUACAACUCCCAGAAAUCCCAGCCAGUUUACCAGCAGUUCAGAUUUCUGGGAGUUGAAGGCCAAAACAUCUGAGGAUCCACACGUUAAGAACCACUGACCUAGAGAGAACGUUUUAUUCAAAUCCAUGGAUAAUCAAGCCUGCAAAAGUCAACCCCCCAACGUGUAUUUUAAACCAGGAACUGGAAUACUUUGCGCUCCAGAUGUUUAGGAUCCUUUCUCGAGAUCAAGUCAAUAAUUGCAACCAAUCUUAAGGACUUUGAGAGUUACCGUCCAAGCAACAGGACACCAAAGGUUCUUCACUUUGGAAUAUGAACAGUGUUAUGUAGUGGCCAUUUCCAGCCAGGAAAGAAACUAGGUGAGGCUCUAAACAUGCAAAGACACACGUCUACAUCCAGCCUGUCUUUGCUUGAAGUACAUGUUGACAGGAAAACAGCUUUGUCCUUGCUGGCGGUUUAGAGAACCACACUUUGUGACUGUUCAUCUUUGGAAUUUGGUAGGGCCAAAAAUGUCAAGCAUUGCCUUAGCUGUGCUUUUGUAUGUGGGCUUCUCAGGUCAUCCAGGAACAGGAUGGUAGACUCAAUGAACUCUUGGUUUUUUUAAAAUCUGAAAUUGUUUUUUCUCACCUUUUGCUUCUCAAAAGGCCAUUCUGUCAACAAUAUGUUUACUUCAAGCUAGACUAACAACCAAAGAACUGGAAACAAGUGUUCCCAAAAUAACAGUAGAACACCAAGGAGUUGUCUACACCAGCAAAAUAAUCCAGCUGCAAUUCAAAGUAUUCUGCUCCAGAUUCCACCCCUCAUUGCAUUUGCUCAUAAUAUACUGCACUGAUAUUUUAUUGAUAGCCACACAUCUACUGAAAUUGAUUUUGAUCCAGUUUUUUUUUUCUUGUGUAGACAGCUCCAGAGAGAUACUAAAAUAGCAUUUCGGAUGAUAUAGAGCCACCAUAUCUGAACAGUAUCUGUUAAGGAAACCUGGGCAGAACAUAAGAUUUAUAUCACAUGUGUAUGUACAACACCUUAUGCUUUUUAAUUAUUCCAGAUUUAGGUCCUUAAAUGUCUUUUCUUUUUUAAACAUUAGAGGUGUGGCUGACUGUUAUUAAUAAAACAUAUCCUGCUUUCUUUUUCUGUUUUCCAGAAUAUGUUUGUGUAAGGAUUUUUUGUGUAAAGGAUAAGGUGCUUCGAUACUAUAAUUAACUAUAGCAAUCAGGAAAGGCAAUCAGGAGAGACUGAAUAUCGGAAUCACAUGCAUCCUUUGACUAUCAAAAUUUGAAAACUCUACUUUUUGAACUGAAUAUUUAAACACAAGUGUCAGUGCUCCCCGAGGAAGAGUGGAGUUUAAACACCAAAAGAGUCACUUCAUAAAAGUCAACAUAGCACUUUAAGACUGCAACCUUGUAUCUGGAGACAGGCACCAUGGAGACUCAAGUGCUCCUUAGCCUAAGAAGAAAUAUAUAACAUUGUGGUAUUCUUAUAUAAGAUUAAACAUGAUUCACCUCUAUAGUUGGGUUUCAUUUUGCCCUGUUUCUCAAUCCAACAUUGUUAUAUUUUGCAACCCACUUCAAAGAUGGAUGAGACUGUUCCCUAAUAAAUGGGCAAAGUCUUUAGUUUUCUGAUUCUCUGCCUGCAUAUUUUGGGUUACUGUUUGCAUAACAAACAUCUGGAGGGAAUCUAUUAAACAAAGAACCUGCCUUAAAGUUACCAAAUUACUGGGUACUGCUAAUCCAGGCAGAUGCAGAACAGCUUUGCAGUCCACAACACGGUGUUUUCUUCAGCUGGCACUCCUGAGAUUGGCAGACUGCCUUGGCUGUAUGCCUCCCCUUUGGCUGUUCUCUUAUUUCUGAAUUGAGUCCAAAAGGUUGCUGUGCCAAAUAAAGUUUGACUUGAUACAAA